CAUCCUCACUUUCAGAGCCGCAUGCAAUGAAUGACGAAAUACGACUUCACCGGCAUUUAGCCUAUAUAUCAUCCCUCCUAUCUACUCUCUACGGCCAUUUUCGAAAAGAUCGAUUGUGAAAAAGGAGCAUUAUUCUUCGAGAAAUGGACAGUCGACGUGCGUCAAUGGUCGCAGCCAUUUUGGUCGCUUGCGCCGCUGUUCUCGCAACCACAAACUGGUGGCGCCAGGACGGGAAUUUCGAUGUUGAGAAGGUCGUUGAACGAGCUCUCGCAUGCACGUCGCGUUCUUGGGAGUUUGGAACUCUGAGUCAAGCCCUAUUGGAGCUACGGAACCCCGAGUUGACGGUCUUCGGGACACAGCCUUUUCCCAACGGUUAUCUGCCCGAGGUUUCUGAGCCUGACAAUGUAGACGGAUUACGAUAUGCGCAGGCUGUUAUAAGGGUGAACCAUAGCGACCUGCUCAUUGACGGUGAAGGUUCGCCAUCAGACCCAGCCUCAUUAGGGACAGCUGCUUUGCUCCUCUCCAGCCAUAAUGUGGCAUACUUCGAGGCUGCAAAGCGUCAAGCCGAGUACCUGGUCGACAGGGCAACUCGCUUCCACAUCAGUGACUCUGCCUCAGCCAUAUCUCACCGAGACGAGCCGCCAGAGCUCUGGGGAGACUUCGUCUAUAUGGUUCCUCCCUUUCUUGCCUAUUAUGGAGUGAAGACACAAGACCUGCAUUUCCUGAAGGAAGCGGUACGCCAAUGUCAGCUAUACAACGAGGUUCUGAGAACAAACGUAACACUCGAAACGGGUCAGACCUGUCAUGGGCUUUGGCGCCAUAUUGUUGCAGAUCCGGCGGUGCUACCAGAUGGAAAGUGCUGCAUGGAUCCGGACGUCUGGCUGACGAGCAAUGCAUGGGCUGUGGCAGGUAUUACAAGAGUCCUUGCAACACUCUCAAAAUGGCGGCCUCCGCCAGGCAGCCGCAUCAGCGCCGCUGAAUAUGCACGAUUCCGUGAUGAAGGAACGAAAAGCCUCUUGGAGAUACUCACUUCUCUGCUUGAAUGCACCCUGAGUCAAGCGCGAGACUCAGAAUCAGGUCUUUUAAAGAAUUACCUUGAUGGACCUUCUCAUCCGACAGUCGCAUAUGCCUUUGGAGAUACCGCAGGAACGGCACUGAUGGCGGCGGUAGUCUACCGACUGGCUUGCUUGUUUUCAGACACAUUCGCAACACCGAAGUUCCUUGGCUGGGCGGAUAGGAACCGGCGCGCCGUCUCAAAUCACGUCGAUGGUACUGGCAUCGCUGGUCCUGUUGCAGAUGUUUCGCAUGUACCAAGUAAGGUCCCUGUACCACAGACAAGUGAGGGACAAAGCAUGGUUCUGCUGAUGCAUAGCGCCCGUCGAGAUUACCUCACGGCUGGUCUAUGUUCCAACAAAGGACCACUGUGGCGGUCUCUUUCGAUUGCAUUUGCCUCAUGGUGGCAAGGCUGAAUUGAUGUGGGCCGCAAUGGGGGAACAGAUGAAUAAUGCGAAGACAAAGAACGAAGGAGAAGGCGGAGGUCGAGGUGGCGGGACCUGCCAAGGCUUAGCAAGCGAGGGGCUUCCCUAAUCAACUCUCACGCGGGCCUUAUGGGGGGUGUUCGUCAUAAUGGAAAGUUCAUUGCUCUGAGGGGUCAACCGGCAGGAACCAUAGUGUAUGGCGGGGGGCCAUUGCAUAGCGUCUGCCCUCCCACACUAUUGA